AGGCUUGACGAAGCCAAGAAAUGGCGUUCACAAGACCGAGAGACCAUCAACAAGCUCAACCAGCAGGUGUCCGAGUUGGAGGGCGAGAUCCGCAUGCUGAGGAGGACCAACGACUCGUUGGACACAGAACGGGCCAGGGACAAGGCAACCAUCUCCAGGCUGCAAGAAGAGUUGGAGAAGCUCCGAAUGGUCAGUAUCUCCGCUAGGCCAUACAUGUCUUGACCAGUUACUGGUUUGUCUGUCUGAGUGGUGAGAAAUGGCAGUGCGAUUGCAUAAUUAUGUGCCACUAAAAAAAUUACUUUGAAUGCUUUGUGGUAUAUAUUAAUAGUUCUACAGUGAAACCUGUGAAUUACACAAGCCAUUUGGACCGAACCUAAAAUAGUGCUUUCCCAGGUAGUUCGCUGUUCGCAGGUUCAGACAGAAUGAUGAUCAUAAAAAACAAUUUAGAAAGAAGACUUAUACAUAUGGAAAAAGAAAAGGGAAAAUACACGUUUGUAACAAUGGUUGCUAGGAAACGACCAGCUUUUAUUGUGCUUAAACAGUAUGCAUACAGUUCAUUUACAUCAUGAGCAUGUACGUGUUUCAGUGUUGGACAAGUCAAUUGUGAACGCACACAUAAAAUAUAUGUACAUGUGCGUUGUUGGACAAGUCAAUUAUAAACGCGCAGACUUAAAUUUUUUGUACAUGUUCAGUGUUGUCAUUUUGAUUAAUUUUCCACACGAUACACGCAAUUCAGUCUCGUAACACACCUCCCGACAACACACCCUGUCGACAACACACCCUCCCGACAACACACGCUCCCGACAACACACCCUUCCGACAACACACGCUCCCGACAACACACCCUGUCGACAACACACCCUCCCGACAACACACGCUCCCGACAACACACCCUUCCGACAACACACGCUCCCGACAACACACCCUCCCGACAACACACCCUCCCGACAACACACCCUCCCGACAACACCCGCUCCCGACCACACCCCCUCCCGACAACACACGCUCCCGACAACACACCCUCCCGACAACACACCCUCCCGACAACACACCCUCCCGACAACACACCCUCCCGACAACACACCCUCCCGACAACACUCCCUCCCGACAACACACCCUCCCGACAACACACGCUCCCGACAACACACGCUCCCGACAACACACCCUCCCAACACACCUUCCCCACAACACACUGUUAUCAUGAUUUUAGUCACCCUCCCGACAACACACCCUCCCGACAACACACCCUCCCGACAACACACCCUCCCGCCAACACUCCCUCCCGACAACACACCCUCCCGACAACACACGCUCCCGACAACACACGCUCCCGACAACACACCCUCCCAACACACCUUCCCCACAACACACUGUUAUCAUGAUUUUAGAAACACAGCGCUAUAGCUGACUGAUUGGCCAAGCAAAAGAUCAUGCGUCAUAACCUGUCCAUGACGACAUGACAUUUCAUGUGCUAUUUGCAAGGAAAACAACGAUUGGUACGACCGAAGUAAUUGCGCAUGUCGACCAAGUCAUUGCGCAUGUCGCUUUGACAGGAUUUGGCUAUAUUUCAAUGGUUAUCAUUUUAAGAAAUUGAUCCGGGCCUGGGGGUGGACAAACCAAAAGGCAUCGUGGGCCACUUUAUAGCCAGUAAUGUUUGCCCGGGCCGCAUGUCAUUAGACCUAAGUUGGAAUACAAACCCACCACAUGCUGAAUAGAAUUGAUUGUCUAUUCUUAAUUAACAUAAACCUAAAUUAAUAUAAAGUCAUUUUAUCAUUUCUCACACGCACCUUAUUAAAAAUUGAAUAAGACAACUAAGUUUAAUUGGUGCUGAAUGAGGCAACUAAGUUAAUUGUGCUGAAUACGACAACUAAGUUAAUUGUGCUGAAUGAGACAACAAAGUUAAUUAUGCUGAAUGAGACAACUAAGUUAAUUAUGCUGAAUAAGACAACUAAGUUAAUUGUGCUGAAUGAGACAACAAAGUUAAUUGUGCUGAAUGAGACAACCAAGUUAAUUGUGCUGAAUGAGACAACAAAGUUAAUUGGUGCUGAAUGAGGCAACUAAGUUAAUUGUGCUGAAUAAGACAACUAAGUUAAUUGUGCUGAAUGAGACAACAAAGUCAAUUAUGCUGAAUGAGACAACUAAGUUAAUUGUGCUGAAUAACACAACUAAGUUAAUUGUGCUGAAUGAGACAAAAAAUUUAAUUGUGCUGAAUGAGAGGACUAAGUUAAUUGUGCUGAAUGACACAACUAAGUUAAUGGUGCUGAAUGCGACAACUAAGUUCAUUGUGCUGAAUGAGACAACUAAGUUAAUUGUGCUGAAUGAGACAACUAAGUUAAUUAUAUUGAAUGACACAACUAAAUUAAUGUGCUGAAUGAGACAACAAAGUUAAUGUGCUGAAUCAGACAACAAAGUUAAUUAUGAUGAAUGAGACAACUAAGCUAAUUGUGCUGAAUGAGACCACUAAGUUAAGUGUGCUGAAUGAGACAGCUAAGUUAAUUGUGCAGAAUGAGACAACAAAGUUAAUUAUGCUGAAUGAGACAAAUAAAUUAAUUGUGCUGAAUGAGACAACUAAGUUAAUUGUGCUGAAUGAGACAACAAAGUCAAUUAUGCUGAAUGAGACAACUAAGUUAAUUGUGCUGAAUAACACAACUAAGUUAAUUGUGCUGAAUGAGACAAAAAAUUUAAUUGUGCUGAAUGAGAGGACUAAGUUAAUUGUGCUGAAUGAGACAACUAAGUUAAUUGUGCUGAAUGCGACUACAAAGUUAAUUGUACUGAAUGAGACAACUAAGUUUAUUGUGCCGAAUGCGACAACUAAGUUAAUUGUGCUGAAUGAGACAACUAAGUUAAUUGUGCUGAAUGCGACAACUAAGUUAAUUGUGCUGAAUGAGAACAACCAAGCUAAUUGUGCUGAAUGAGACAACUAAGUUAAUUAUAUUGAAUGAGACAACUAAAUUAAUGUGCUGAAUGAGACAACUAAGUUUAAUUGGUGCUGUAUGAGGCAACUAAGUUAAUUGUGCUGAAUGAGACAACUAAGUUAAUUGUGCUGAUUUAGACAACUAAGUUAAUAUGCUGAAUGACACAACUAAGUUAAUUGUGCUGAAUGAGACAACUAAGUUAAUUGUGCUGAAUGAGACAACUAAGUUAAUGUGCUGAAUGAGACAACUAAGUUAAUUGUGCUGAAUCAGACAACAAAGUUAAUUAUGCUGAAUGAGACAACUAAGCUAAUUGUGCUGAAUGAGACAACUAAGUUAAUUGUGCUGAAUGCGACAACUAAGUUAAUUGUGCUGAAUGAGACAACUAAGUUAAUUGUGCUGAAUGAGACAACUAAGUUAAUUGUGCUGAAUGAGACAACUAAGUUAAUUGUGCUGAAUGAGACAACUAAGUUAAUGUGCUGAAUGAGACAACUAAGUUGAUUGUGCUGAAUGAGACAACUAAGCUAAUUUUGCUGAAUGAGACAACUAAAUUAAUUGUGCUGAAUGAGACACUAAGUUAAUUGUGCUGGAUGAGACAAAUAAGUUAAUUGUGCUGAAUGAGACAACCACGCUAAUUGUGCUGAAUGAGACAACUAAGUUAAUUGUGCUGAAUCAGACAACAAAGUUAAUUAUGCUAGAAUGAGACAACUAAUUUAAUGGUGCUGAAUGAGACAAUCAAGCUAAUUGUGCUGAAUGAGACAACUAAGUUAAUUGUGCUGAAUAAGACAGCUAAGUUAAUUGUGCUGAAUGAGACAACUAAGUUAAUUGUGCUGAAUGCGACUACAAAGUUAAUUGUACUGAAUGAGACAACUAAGUUUAUUGUGCUGAAUGCGACAAAUAAGUUAAUUGUGCUGAAUGAGACAACUAAGUUCAUUGUGCUGAAUGCGACAACUAAGUUAAUUGUGCUGAAUGAGAACAACCAAGCUAAUUGUGCUGAAUGAGACAACAAAGUUAAUUGUGCUGAAUGAGACAACUAAGUUAAUUAUAUUGAAUGAGACAACUAAAUUAAUGUGCUGAAUGAGACAACUAAGUUUAAUUGGUGCUGAAUGAGGCAACUAAGUUAAUUGUGCUGAAUGAGACAACUAAGUUAAUUGUGCUGAUUUAGACAACUAAGUUAAUAUGCUGAAUGACACAACUAAGUUAAUUGUGCAUAACGAGACAACUAAGUUAAUUGUGCUGAAUGAGACAACUAAGUUAAUGUGCUGAAUGAGACAACUAAGUUAAUUGUGCUGAAUCAGACAACAAAGUUAAUUAUGCUGAAUGAGACAACUAAGCUAAUUGUGCUGAAUGAGACAACUAAGUUAAUUGUGCUGAAUGCGACAACUAAGUUAAUGGUGCUGAAUGAGACAACCAAGCGAAUUGUUCUGAAUGAGACAACAAAGUUAAUUGUGCUGAAUGAGACAACAAAGCUAAUUGUGCUGAACGAGACAACUAAGCUAAUUGUGCUGAACGGGACAACUAAGCUAACUGUGCUGAAUGAGACAACUAAGUUAAUUGUGCUGAAUGAGACAACUAAGCUAAUUUUGCUGAAUGAGACAACUAAGAUAAUUGUGCUACAUGAGAAAACUAAAUUAAUUGUGCUGAAUGAGACACUAAGUUAAUUGUGCUGGAUGAGACAAAUAAGUUAAUUUUGCUGAAUGAGACAACUAAGUUAAUGGUGCUGAAUGCGACAACUAAGUUUAUUGUGCUGAAUGAGACAACUAAAUUAAUGGUGCUGAUUUAGACAACUAAUUUAAUGUGCUGAAUGAGACAACUAAGUUAAUUGUGCCGAAUGAGACAACUAAGUUAAUGGUGCUAAAUGCGACAACUAAGUUUAUUGUGCUGAAUGAGACAACUAAAUUAAUGGUGCUGAAUGCGACAACUAAGUUAAUUGUGCUGAAUGAGACAACUAAGCUAAUUGUGCUGAAUGAGACCACUAAGUUAAUUGUGCUGAAUGAGACAUCUAAGUUAAUUGUGCUGAAUGCGACAACUAAGUUAAUGGUGCUGAAUGAGACAACCAAGCGAAUUGUUCUGAAUGAGACAACAAAGUUAAUUGUGCUGAAUGAGACAACAAAGCUAAUUGUGCUGAACGAGACAACUAAGCUAAUUGUGCUGAUUGAGACAACUAAGCUAACUGUGCUGAAUGAGACAACUAAGUUAAUUGUGCUGAAUGAGACAACUAAGCUAAUUGUGCUGAAUGAGACAACUAAGAUAAUUGUGCUGAAUGAGACAACUAAAUUAAUUGUGCUGAAUGAGACGACUAAGUUAAUUGUGCUUGAUGAGACAAAUAAGUUAAUUGUGCUGCAUGAGACAACUAAGUUAAUGGUGCUAAAUGAGACAACCAAGCUAAUUGUGCUGAAUGAGACAACUAAGUUAAUUGUGCUGAAUAAGACAGCUAAGUUAAUUGUGAUGAAUGAGACAACUAAGUUAAUUGUGCUGGAUGAGACAAAUAAGUUAAUUGUGCUGCAUGAGACAACUAAGUUAAUGGUUCUGAAUGAGACAACCAAGCUAAUUGUGCUGAAUGAGACAACUAAGUUAAUUGUGCUGAAUGAGACAGCUAAGUUAAUUGUGCUGAAUGAGACAACUGAGUUAAUUGUGCUGAAUGUGACAACAAAGUUAAUUGUGCUGAAUGAGACACUAAGUUAAUUGUGCUGGAUGAGACAAAUAAGUUAAUUGUGCUGAAUGAGACAACUAGGUUAAAUGUGCUGAAUGCGACAACUAAGUUAAUUGUGCUGAAUGAGAACAACCAAGCUAAUUGUGCUGAAUGAGACAACAAAGUUAAUUGUGCUGAAUGAGACAAUUAAGUUAAUUAUAUUGAAUGAGACAACUAAAUUAAUGUGCUGAAUGAGACAACUAAGUUUAAUUGGUGCUGAAUGAGGCAACUAAGUUAAUUGUGCUGAAUGAGACAACUAAGUUAAUUGUGCUGAAUGAGACAACUAAGUUAAUUGUGCUGAAUGAGACAACUAAGUUAAUGUGCUGAAUGAGACAACUAAGUUGAUUGUGCUGAAUGAGACAACUAAGCUAAUUUUGCUGAAUGAGACAACUAAAUUAAUUGUGCUGAAUGAGACACUAAGUUAAUUGUGCUGGAUGAGACAAAUAAGUUAAUUGUGCUGAAUGAGACAACCACGCUAAUUGUGCUGAAUGAGACAACUAAGUUAAUUGUGCUGAAUAAGACAGCUAAGUUAAUUGUGAUGAAUGAGACAACUAAGUUAAUUGUGCUGAAUGAGACAAUCAAGCUAAUUGUGCUGAAUGAGACAACUAAGUUAAUUGUGCCGAAUAAGACAGCUAAGUUAAUUGUGCUGAAUGAGACAACUAAGUUGAUUGUGCUGAAUGAGACAACUAAGUUAAUGUGCUGAAUGAGACAACUAAGUUGAUUGUGCUGAAUGAGACAACUAAGUUGAUUGUGCUGAGGACAUGGCAACGCGCGUUGGCCAGCGCUCUAAUAUUGCAGGGACUACACUUUUCCAAGGUUCGAGUUAAUGUACUGAACUGUGAUAGUGUUAAUGUACUGAACUGUGAUAGUUUUACAUUGUAAUUCCUUUUCAAUUUCUAUCACCCACUCUGUUCCAGGACUUGAGCAACGAGACCAUCGCCAGGCUGGACGCUGAGAACAAGUACCAGACAUUGCUGGAGGAGAUUGAGUUCUUGAAGAGUGUUCAUGAACAGGUCAGUUUUUUUAGCGGGUUAAAAAGCUAAAAUGUAAAAGGUCAGGUCUGUGUUAAACUGGUCAUUAGGUUAAAGGUAAAGCCAGUUUGCAGCUGGUUGUUAGGUUAAAGUUCAUGUUGGCUGGUAUCUGGUAUAAAGUUCGAAGUUCAGAAUAGUUUUUUUACCAAUUUAUUCAUUGUAAUCAUGAUUUUCAUUGGGUGAGCAGUUUAAGUUGGCAGAUACAAAGAACUUUAGGUUGGGAUGUAAAUGGUCAUUGGGUUCGAUGUAUUGAGGCAAAGUCAAUACUUGAUUUGAUUUACAAAAUCUGAUAAAAACAACGUUAUACUGCAGGGGUUAUCAAACUGUUGUAAGUUUACCUCAGCAUUGGUACAUUACUUUGUUUUAUGUGGCACAACAUAGAAAUGUACCUCAGCAUUGGUACAUUACUUUGUUUUAUGUGGCACAAAAUAGAGAUGUACCUCAGCAUUGGUACAUUACUUUGUUUUAUGUGGCACAACAUAGAAAUGUACCUCAGCAUUGGUACAUUACUUUGUUUUAUGUGGCACAACAUAGAAAUGUACCUCAGCAUUGGUACAUUACUUUGUUUUAUGUGGCACUACAUAGAAAUGUACCUCAGCAUUGGUACAUUACUUUGUUUUAUGUGGCACAACAUAGAAAUGUACCUCAGCAUUGGUACAUUACUUUGUUUUAUGUGGCACAACAUAGACAUGUACCUCAGCAUUGGUACAUUACUUUGUUUUAUGUGGCACUACAUAGAAAUGUACCUCAGCAUUGGUACAUUACUUUGUUUUAUGUGGCACAACAUAGAAAUGUACCUCAGCAUUGGUACAUUACUUUGUUUUAUGUGGCACAACAUAGACAUGUACCUCAGCAUUGGUACAUUACUUUGUUUUAUGUGGCACAACAUAGAAAUGUACCUCAUCAUUGGUACAUUACUUUGUUUUAUGUGGCACAACAUAGACAUGCACCUCAGCAUUGGUACAUUACUUUGUUUUAUGUGGCACAAAAUAGAGAUGUACCUCAGCAUUGGUACAUUACUUUGUUUUAUGUGGCACAACAUAGACAUGUACCUCAGCAUUGGUACAUUACUUUGUUUUAUGUGGCACAACAUAGAAAUGUACCUCAGCAUUGGUACAUUACUUUGUUUUAUGUGGCACAAAAUAGAGAUGUACCUCAGCAUUGGUACAUUACUUUGUUUUAUGUGGCACUACAUAGACAUGUACCUCAGCAUUGGUACUUUACUUUGUUUUAUGUGGUUGAACAUAGAGCUGCAACAAACAUUGAGACAAAGAUCUUCAGUGCAUCAUUCAGAAAGAAUGCACAUGGUGGUACAUGCAUUGCAUCCAUUGAUUUUAAGUGGUCGACAGUCCAAAAGUUUGAGAAGCACUUUCCUACUAUCAAUUUGAAUGAUGAUUGUAGUUGGGUGAUCUAUAAGGAAACUCCAUGACUUCUAAUGCUGACCUUCAGGAUGCCCUUUAAAGCAAACAACCCAUUCAAGAAUAAAAUGGUUUCCUUAUGUUGCUUGAUGAUGUCUAUGAUUAGGAGCUGAAGGAGUUGUCAGCCCUUGCCUACAGAGACACCACCGCUGAGAACAGAGAGUUCUGGAAGAAUGAGCUGUCCCAGGCAAUCAGGGACAUCCAGCAGGAGUAUGACCUUAAGGUGGACCAGAUCCGAGGAGAGAUGGAGACAUUCUACAACCUCAAGGUCAGUAACUGGUCACUGGCUUUAGGCCGCUAGUAAAACCGGGCUUGAGUUAUAGUGUAAAUAGAUAUUUUCUGAGCAUUGGAUGUAUUUAUUUUAGAUAGGUAAAAUAUACAUUUCUAAACCUUGUUAUAUUUAAAAAGUAUUGGGAAUGAUACACCCCUUAAAUUAACAUUAGAUUAUCUUGAUACACACCUUAUUUUAACAUAAGACUAUCUUGUUACACCCCUUAAAUUAACAUUAGAUUAUCUUGAUACACACCUUAUUUUAACAUAAGACUAUCUUGUUACACCCCUUAAUUUAACAUUAGAUUAUCUUGAUACACACCUUAUUUUAACAUAAGACUAUCUUGUUACACCCCUUAAUUUAACAUUAGAUUAUCUUGAUACACACCUUAUUUUAACAUAAGACUAUCUUGUUACACCCCUUAAUUUAACAUUAGAUUAUCUUGAUACACACCUUAUUUUAACAUAAGACUAUCUUGUUACACCCCUUAAAUUAACAUUAGAUUAUCUUGAUACACACCUUAUUUUAACAUAAGACUAUCUUGUUACACCCCUUAAUUUAACAUUAGACUAUCUUGAUACCCACAUUAAUUUACAUUAGACUAUCAUCCUCUUGUAUUAACUGAUUAGUCUGUCAGAUAAAAUCUACCUGGGUCUUUAUUGGGUCUAGUCGCCAUUGCAACACCCUUUUACAAAUGAAAUGUUGGUGAAUAAAAUAAAUUUGUGUAUGUUACCCUUACUGUAAGUUUGGAUCUGUAUUUCUUAAAAUAGCUAAGAUGUACCCUCGAUAUAAGGUAAAACCCUAUGUUAUAUUGAUGCACUUUCAUUUUCCACUAGCCAGAAUAUACCAAUAAUUAAGUUAGUACAAUUAAAAUACAAACUAAAAGUCUUAAUUUUUUUUAAAAGUAAUCUCUAUUUUUGUUUGUUCUAUUCUCCUCAGGUCCAAGAGUUCCGAACUGGCGCCACCAAGCAAAACAUGGAGGCAACUCAUGCACGAGAGGAAACCAAGAAACUCCACAAGCAGCUGGGUGACUCACGCACACGAUUGGCUGAUUUGGAAGCUAGGGUUAGUACAAAAAUCAGAUGAGAUGGUUUGUUUAAAGCCUUGACUAGAACAUCUCAGCUGGGACAUUCAAGUUAAAAACUGGUGCUAAUGAACUGAUACUAUCGUUGAAUCUCAACAUUGAAAAUAUUUUGCAACACAUUUUUGUUCUUAAAAUCUAUAGUUUGAGAAGCAUUGACCUUCUAUUGGUUUUAUUGUUAAAAGCCCCAAAUUAUGAUUUCUUACCUCCACUUUAAAAUUUAAAUCAUGUUGGUGGUAAAAUAUCCUCAAACUUUUUGAGAAUUAUAUUGUACAGCUAAUCUCCAAAACAUCAAAUUGGUUUUAAGGGUUUGUAUUGAUCAAUAAAUCCCAGAAUGCCCAACUUGAGAAGCAGUACCAGGAUCUGCUGCGUGAACUCGAACAGAAGGAGCACGAACAUGAUGUAGAGAUCAACUCCAUGAAGGAGGAGAUGAACAAGCUCAGGGUUGAGAUGGAGGGCAUGUUGGUGGAACUCCAGACGCUGAUGGACGCCAAGCUGUCUCUCGAGCUGGAAAUCGCCGCAUACAGGAAACUAUUGGAAGGGGAGGAAACCAGGUAGGUCUUACUGUGUUUUUUGUAAGGCUAAAGUUAUGUCCCAUUUCAUGCAAUAAGAAACACAUGACCAGGAGAUGGAAAAUAACAAAUGAAAGAAUUUAAGGAUGAUAAUAAAAGGAGGUUGCAAAUAAUUGAUAAAAAGUUAGAAGAAGUAAAAAAAAAUUUGCUUUGAAUAAUUAUUAAAGUCAGGAAAGGAAGAAAUAUUUAAUUGAAGAGAGGAUGACAGGAAUGAGUGAAUGGAUAGUAUAAUAGUGUUAGACUAGAAAAAACAUAAAGAAAAAAAUACUAUGAAAAGACCUACAUUUUAAACAGAUCAUUAUAUAUUGCUGUUUUAUUUCAUCAUAGUGAACAACAAUAAAGCUGUUUUGUUUGACUCUAGUAAAACAUCACAUCAGCUUAACCUUUAACCUUUGGCCUAAAGAUGAAAAGAAAAAUCAUCAAUAUUUAAAAUAUGAAUCCAGAUGACAAUUAAGGGAUAUGUUAAUAUAUCAUCUAUACAUUGAACAUUCUAUUCCAAUCUCUAUGAGCUUUGGUAGAUACCUAGAAUAUUUUUUAAAAAUCAAUUUAAAAAAUCGUAACAUUUUUAAAGAAACAUAAUAAAUAGACUGACAUGUACAAAAGUGAAACAUGUAAUAGAGCAAAUAUUCAAUGACAGAUUGGACUAUGUAAUAUUAUAGAAAUAACAAGACGUUCCUCAGCAAUACAUUUCUAAUGCAUAUGAGACUCUUUUUUUGUUUCAGGAUUCUAACUUAGUGUUUAUUUUACUCUAAAAAUAUAACACAAAUUAUAUCACGAUAAUAUUGAAAGGUACAAUGAAUGCAAUUACAUAAAUGAUAAUGCUACGGUAAAAUGUUUUUACAAUAAUGUUAUUGUUAUUAAUGUUGUUCAUUGUUAUAAUUAAUGCACUCUCUUAUUUCAGUUUGUUACAUAAGUUACCAUUUUAUUUAAUUUUUAAACAUUUAAUUUCUUUUCUUUUUAAUUUGCUGAAAUAUCUACUCUUUUAAAAUUCCUAUUUCUUUCAACAGUUUAGUUAUUUGAAAAAGCAUUUUUUUAAAUUACCAAAGGUUUAAAACAGUGUUUUGGUUAAGUUACGGUUAAAACACUGUUUUUGCUAAAUUAAGGGUCAAACAAGUGCUUUUGGGAAAAUUAGGGUUAAAGCACUGUUUUUCAAAGGUUUAAAGUAGUGUGUUUUCUAAAUGUGUUGUAAAUGUUAAGGCAGAUGUAUUGUAAAGUUAGUAUUUAAAAUGGUGUUAAUGUAUCUGAUUAGUCACACAGUUUGAUUGAGUGUUAUUUUGGCAAGACUAAGAAUGAAAGAUAACUUCAAGACAUUUUUUACCCACGUUCACAAAAAUAGCAAAUGAAAGUAGACCCUAUCUACGUCAUGAUCCUUUUUGACUAGCAGCACAAUCAACCGUUUUAUUUAAUGAAUAGUUUUGUUUAUUUAUACGAAUUUAAUUUUCAUUAAAAUAACUAAAUAAAUACAAUUUAAUUUUUUUUAAAUAAUCAUUUAAACAUCACCACUAUUGUUUACUUGCUGGUUAAUAAUCUAAAAGUAUAAUUAUUGAGUAUAGAAAGAAGAAACUCACGCGAACAUGUCUUUAAUUCAAAAAUGAUCUUCAUUUGUAAACAUUUCUGUAUCGAAAGAUAGGCUUUCUCCACUCAGUGGAUAUAAUAAUAUAAUAAUAUUUAACCUAUAGCAUUAGGUUUGAAGGUAUGUUGCUCGUAUGAAGGCUAAGUUUAGUAGAGUGGCCACCCCUCUUUCUGUCAGCAACAACUGCAAGGUAAAGACAUGUUAAAUUGACGGAAAUGAUGUCUUACUGUUGGUAUCUAAAGACACACUAAAUUAUGUUAGACUAUUUAGUUGUUCAUCCGUGGUCACCAUCGACUGGACCACCUAGUCAUCCGAUUUGUGCUCGGAAUCUUCUCGCGGGCAGUGUAUAGUGACUAUUGAGACAAUUUAAGAGAACACUGUUUUAAAACUGAGACUUUAUUUCUAAUUAAUGUAAUUCUCAUCUUUCUAAUGUCUGUAAUUCCUCAUGUCUCCUUUGCUCUUCUUCAGCAGGCUAUAGAAAUGAAUACGGUAACUAGAAAUUAAAAUAAAUGUCAGCGGCGGCCCUAGCAUUUUUUUUUAUUAUUGUAUAGAUGGUGUGCUAUCGUUGAAAUCUGUUUGAUUUUUUUUUCUUUUGGUACUUGGCACCUCCUCCAAGAUAGUAUAUGUGCAGUUGGGCCGCCUCUGAAAGGGUCCAUCCUACGAUAAAGCCCGACUUACGCGUAGAGCCAGGGCUGCGGAGUGGGACAUGUUGACAAUUCUGACAAACUCCAGGGAUUGGACUCUGAAAUAGACAUUUGACCUCAAUCUUUGGUUGUUGUUUUUUUGUGUGUGUCUGUAAUGUUGCUGAAGACCAAUUGAAACCACUCUGAUUUUUUUACUUCAAGCUCUUGACCCUUACCUCUUCGGCUCCGCAGCUCUGGUCUCCGUAACUUCCAACUUAAUCGUCCACUGCCUUUGUUUUAUUAUCUCACGCUCCUAUCCUCCUUCUCCUCCUCCCUUGCACAGGAUCCCUCUUCGCCACUCUUUUCGUCACUCCUACUCUCCUUUCCCCACCAACUCUACUGUCAAAUCGGACACCAACGGGUCACCGUACGGCGCGGGAUCUCCCAAAUACACCUACGUCAGCCCCAAGGGAAGAGAAUACACCAGGGACACCCUGGCGAGGGAUAACUCUGACAGAGACUCGAUGGGCAGAGCGAGUCCUGCUGCAGCCGGGAAAACGACCGACGUUGUUGUCCGGAGUGAGCCCCCCACCAAGGUUGUCGUCCCUGCCACUGCGUCAUCGGUCGUGGUGACGGCUGCGGAAGUCAAAACAAGCAAACGGUUGGAGGACGAGAGGAGGAGUGCCGGGAAAGUCAUGGAGACAUCGGCUGGUAACGAAUCAGACGAGUCUCAGCAAGCGAAGGAAGGUCAAGUAUCCACAAAAGUCACAGAGAAGGGGUACUGGAAGCCAGUGGAGACGAAGCCAGUAGACACAGUGGACACGAAGCCAGUAGACACAGUGGACACAAAGCCAGUAGACACUGUGGACACGAAGCCAGUACACACUGUGGACACGAAGCCAGUAGACACAGUGGAGAUGAAGCCAGUAGACACUGUGGACACGAAGCCAGUAGACACUGUGGACACGAAGCCAGUAGACACAGUUGACACGAAGCCAGUAGACACGGUGGACACGAAGCCAGUAGACACUGUGGACACGAAGCCAGUAGACACUGUGGACACGAAGCCAGUAGACACUGUGGACACGAAGCCAGUAGACACAGUGGACACGAAGCCAGUGGAAACAGUGGACACGAAGCCAGUGGAAACAGUGGACACGAAGCCAGUAGACACAGUGGACACGAAGCCAGUAGACACAGUGGACACGAAGCCAGUGGCCAAGGUGGCAGUGGAGAGUGAGGGGGAAGUGGGCAAGGACAUAGAGGAGUUUUCAAAAGAGGAGUUGAUCGCUGCUCACUCAGCUCCUUCAGACACUAGGUCUGCUCCCGUAAAAAGGGACGCAACUGAUGAUGGAGAACAGACGGAACCUGAUGUAUUGGCAGAUGAACCUGAUGUAUUGGCAGAUGAACCUGAUGUAUUGGCAGAUGAACCUGAUGUAUUGGCAGAUGAACCUGAUGUAUUGGCACAUGAACCUGUUGUAUUGGCAGAUGAACCUGUUGUAUUGGCAGAUGAACCUGUUGUAUUGGCAGAUGAACCUGUUAUAUCUCAAUCCGAUUUAGAAACUGUUGAAGAAACUUUGCAUGGUAAAUUAAAUGAUGAAGAGGUUGAAAAAUCAAAGGCAGAGGACGAAGAGGGCGGGCAAUCAAAAUCAGAUGAAGGGAUUGUUGAGCAGGUUCAAGAUAAAAUAGAUGGUCAAGAGAUCAAAUUAGAAGGCGGGGCUGUACAAUCAGGUUUAGAAGUAGAUGAACGUUCGAAACUAGAUGAAGAAAUUGAGGAGACGGAGGAGACUGAGUUAUCAACAGAUGUUGAUGAAGCAAAAUUAGAAGAGGAGAAAACUCAGCAGCUCAAGAUAGAAGAGUCGCUUCUGCAAUCGAAACUGAAAGAAGGAAUCGAAAAGUCAAAUUUAGUCGAAGCUGAGCAGAUAACAUUGGAGGUAAAUAUUGAGCAUUUUAAAUCAGAGAAACGGACACAGGAAUUAACAGAAGACCGCCCUGAUAAUCAGAACUUUGACCAGGCUGGACAGUCAGGAGUUAUCCAACCCGAGGAUGAAGCGAGUGAGAAAGUCGUAUUUGACGUUCAAGACACAGAGGCCAUUGUUGAGGCUCAGCACCUGUGCUCCGUCCACGAAGACAUUAGUACACCUGGCAUCGUAGCCGACAGUCCUAGUGGAAGUUUCAGUGAGAAAACUCGGGCCACUGAAUUUGUAGCACACGCGGGUAGUGCUCAAAGUCACGAAGUGGAAGAUUCAGAUAUUCUAGGGGAUAUUGCAGAGGAACCCACUGGUAAAGAGGAACAUGCUGGCGGUCAUCCGGAAGAAGAUGAAGUCAUGGAAGGUGUUUCAGAAGAAAGACCGGAGAGCGGCCAAGUACGGACACCAGUUGGCGCAAGUCCCUCGCCAAUCACGGAUGUUGAAGGGACAUCUGAGUUGAGGGCACAAACAGAGGACAUUCAUGACCUUCCAACACCCAUUGUGGACACUGUGUUCCCCAGAGAUCAAAGCGGAGCUGAUGCUGAUGCACCAAAACAUGGCGAGGGAACUGAUACCCCACCGCCAAGUCCAACAACAGCUGCCGAGAGAGACGGGAUGUUGAAAACUAUUGGGCAGCUUAACGAAACCGUGGGUCAACAAAGUCAUAUAGUGCUGGAAGAAGUAAGCAUUCCUUGUUCGGAUACUUCCGGUGUUCAAACCCGAGGUCCGAGCGACGGAGAACAGUCAGAGGAAGAGGCGAUGUUAACGGAAACGGUGACGCGCGUGCAGUUGACUUCGGCCAGUGAUUCUAGCUGUAUUGACGGGGAAGUCGUUGUGGAGGUCAUGAUUAAGGAAGAUGUGAAGCGUGAUCAACUAGUCCCGGUUAGAACAACUGAAGACAGUGCUAAAACGGUCGAGGUUCAUGAAUCCGACCAACUCGAUGAGAUGGCAGGACACGAAGAUGUAGAGAAAGAGCAUGAGGUUGAAAUAUCCAAUGGAAAUAGUGAAUACAAAACAGCGCGUGGCAUUGACUCAAAACAUGAAGAUACAUCCGAGGUUACUGAAAGAGAGGCCUUGAAGGAACCUGUAACUCACAGCGAAGAUGAGUCUAGUCAUAGUACAACAACUGAAAGUGAUAAGAACCUCGCUGUGAAUGGUUCUGAUUCGUCUGUAGCAUAUGUAUUGAAGGGCGUAGAGAGUAAAACGGAAGUUAGUGAAACUGCAAGUGAUAACGCUGGAUCAGUCGAUGGCAUGACGAAGAUCCAUUAUCCUACCCUUGUGACGGACCACGGAAGUGAGGACAUCGUCACGGUUUCAAAAUAUGACUCACAACAUGACUUAGUAAGUGAGGGUCAUGAUGGAGAUGUUGUCUUGGAGACCACGGGCCACCAUGUUGAAGAAGCAAACGAGACCAUAGAUACGUCUUUCAGGUCGGGAAGUGAAGAUGUAGUCUCAGGGGGGGCUGCGCAUGCGUUUGAUGAUGAUGAAAGGCUGUCUGUGACUUCAAGUACAGAAAUCAACAAUGUUACAUCCCUGGAAGCAACGGCUGAUCCAGCGGAGGUUGCUCUAUUGGAUGAAGUUUUGUUCACUGGUUUAACAGCAUCUAAACAUUCAAGUGCAACAUUAGCGGAGGCAACAGACAAGAACACAGGAAUUGAAGUGGAAGACGUAGAGAGGUCUCCUGCAGGUACCCUUGUGGGAGGCCCUGGUGGUCAUGACAAAAAUCGGGAAGACUUUGCUAGUAGUGAUCAUCAAGAUGUAGAUAAAAGAGAGGACAGCGGAGAUGUGAGUGUGACAACCGGAGAUGUGAGUGUGACAACCGUUGAAACGGAACAGGUCGCAAAAAGUCAUGUCGUCACCAGUGCAGACGAUCAGAUCUUAGCUAACAUCGAUAGUGGGGAAUUAGAUGAAACGAUUGAAACUGCUGAGCAGCGGGAAGAUGGGGUGAAAACUGAAAUGGUUCGCUCAACUUCCGGUCAGGAAGAUAUUAUUAUAUCCAAAACGUUUAGCUUAAGUGAGAGCAGCGCUAAAUGUCUGACCGAGUCUGAGAAAAUGACAUCCAGCAGACACGAGACGGACACUGUAGAGGUUGUUGGGUCAUCAGGGGACAAGACGGUACACGUGACGUUGGACUCAUGGGAAGGUGACGAUAUAGUGUUAGGGGGACAGCUGCAGAUAGAUGGGGGUGAAGACGGUAUCGAAGAACUGACCGUUGGGGGGUCUCAGGAGCUAAAUCAUGAAGAUAGACCCGAGGCAGUUGACUUGGAGGAAACACGAACAACUAAGAGCGACAAAGGAUCAGAGAGUCUCCAUGAAAAUGAGGAAGUAAUCGAUGGAAAACAAUGGGAUGCCGAGACAUCCGAAGAAAUGGGGGGAUCGAAAUCAGAAGAUCAGGAACCAGUUCUAAAAGAAGAAGACUCCCUUAAGCCGCAGGCUGAGGACCAACACCUCCAGAAGGUCAUAGAUGAGGACGAGAAGCACGUCAUAAGUGAACACGAAGACAGCCCCGUGACGCAUCACUCGGAAGCUUCUGAACCUGUAUUCCAUGACGAAGCUGACAUCGGCUUUAAAUGCACGUCAGAACAAAUCGAACACUCCAAAUUAACUUUAGAUCUUUCAGAAAUUGAAGACACCCGGAAUAUUACCGAGUAUUCGGAAGAAAGAGACCACGUGACAACAAAGGUGACUAGGGAAGAUGUGACCGAGGCGUCUAGUCCAGAUAUCAGCAUGGUUGAACAGGCGAAGGCUGACUUCUCUAUGGCCACCCCAAUUCCAGGUUUGGAUAAAUCUGCUGGGGACGACACGGACGAGGACGCUCUGAAUGAUGACGACAUGGGAACGGGAGCAGACGGCACACCAGUUAAGGAAGUGGCUUUUACAGAAGGUAUCACAGGCAAGGCAAGUGCUCCAGGGGAGUAUGCAAUGCCGGAGGACUUUGAUGAGCAUGACGAGACGGAAGGAAGUGUAGAUGCCAGCAACGCUUCAACAGAGCAUGGACUUGAAGCAGGUGAUGUACCGAGCAGCGAGGUGGUUUUAGCUGGCGUAACUCGGGAACUGACCAAUGCUGGUUUGUUUCAUGACACUGAGAACAAGUUUGAUGAGAUGGUCGUCCAGUCUGCUGUGACCGUAGAGGCAAGCUCGGGGGAUGAUGAUGUGAGGGCACGUUCAGAGGCGACCUCCCCAGUCGGAGAGGUUAUUUUUGUCACCGAUACUGAAAGGAGGGACGCCAAUGUAGAUGUAGAAAUAAAUGAAAGAAAAAAGAGUCUACGCGAAGAUGAUGAUGAAAGCAAAGAAAGUCAAUACAAAUCAGAUGUUCAUGAAAAGAAAGAGAGUGUAGAUAAAUCAGAUGUUCAUGAAAGCAGCUUACAAGAAUCAGAUGUUCAUGAAUGCAUAGAGAGUCUCCAUGAAUCAGAUGUUUAUGGAAGCAAAGAUAGUCUUCUUGAAUCAGAUAUUCAUGAAAGCAAAGAGAGUCUCCAUGAGUCAGAUGUUCAUGAAAGCAAAGAGAGUCUCCAAGAAUCAGAUGUUCAUAAAAGCAAAGACAGUCUUCAUGAAUCAGAUGUUCAUGAAAGCAAAGACAGUCUUCAUGAAUCAGAUGUUCAUGAAAGCAAAGACAGUCUCCAUGAAUCAGAUGUUCAUGAAAGCAAAGACAGUCUCCAUGAAUCAGAUGUUCAUGAAAGCAAAGAGAGUCUCCAUGAAUCAGAUGUUCAUGAAAGCAAAGAGAGUCUCCAUGAAUCAGAUGUUCAUGAAAGCAAAGAGAGUCUCCAUGAAUCAGAUGUUCAUAAAAGCAAAGACAGUCUCCAUGAAUCAGAUGUUCAUGAAAGCAAAGACAGUCUCCAUGAAUCAGAUGUUCAUGAAAGCAAAGACAGUCUCCAUGAAUCAGAUGUUCAUGAAAGCAACGAGAGUCUCCAUGAAUCAGAUGUACAUGAAAGCAAAGAGAGUCUCCAUGAAUCAGAUGUUCAUGAAAGCAAAGAGAGUCUCCAUGAGUCAGAUGUUCAUGAAAGCAAAGAGAGUUUAUUUGAAUCAGAUUUUCAUGGAAGCAAACAAAGCUUACAUAAUUCAGACGCUCAUGAAAUUAAAGAGAGUUUGCAAGAUUCAGAUGUUCAUGAAAGUGAACGAGAGCGUGUCAUUUCAGACAAAUCUGAAGAGUUGCUAGAGGAUUCUUACAGGGAUGAUUGUGAAACGCGAGUAGAUGCCAGUCCCAGCCUUGUUCCCGAGACUUACGAAACAGAUGACGUUGUGCCACCACACUUGCAGGCUGGUGUACCGGAUGACUUGCAGGCUGGUGUACCGGAUGACGGCCUCGCAUCAGUUACUGUCGACCCGGAACAAGACCCGACCUUAAAAGAUGGUGUAACUGCCGCUGAAAGUAGGUCACAUGAGCUCUCCGAAACCAGCAGCCAUGUUCGCAUAACAACUUCGGAAGAAUCAUCUCGAACGAGUAGCAUUGCUGUAACCACGAUUGGGACUGGGUUCAGCCAUCGGGAAGAACAUGAUGCCCAUACAUCCAUGACUGUUGCGUCAUCCGCUCACGUUGAUACGGAAGACCUAUUGGAAGUGGAGAAAGUCAAGGAAAAAGUGCACGAAAUUUUGGAGACGGCCCAGAGGAAGCUCCCCUUGGACGGUGACUUUAAGGAAAGUGGGUCAUCCGAGGAGCACGUGGUUAAUGGUAGCAUGGGGGCGUCGCCAAGUGGAGACUCUGCCCCCCUAGUUGAAGGCGGGCUUGAAGAGGUGGAGAUAACAAAUUUCCAGGUUGUGAAAGGAGAAUCCAAGGUCACCUACACUGUGACCGAGGACCUGAGCCGUACAGAGUAUAACGAAGAGUCUCAAACCGUGGGACAUGGGGACGACAGUGAAGCUAAGGGGGCGGGCGGGUUCAGUGUUGCGUCCAAAAAAUUCGCCGCGUCGAGCGAACGGGCGCCAAAUGACGAAGCAGACGUUGACAUUGCUACCCCAGCAAGUAGUAGAGUUUAGAUUGAUGAGAAAUUUGUGAUCGGCUUAAACGUUGAUAGCGUGUUUUUAUAUUGAAAUAAAUUAUACCAAACAAAAAGACAAGAAUUGUCUUAGAAAAUUGCAAUGCAUUCUGAAAAUUAAUUUUUUUUUUUUUUUUUUUUAAAUUAAAAAUUCCCCUAGCGUAUGUUUAGAGCGAAUUAGUCAGUUUCAUCCUAUCUUCCUUUAUCACUAUUUUUUUAAACAAAAAGACAAGAAUUUUCUUAAAAAAUUGCAAUGUAUUUUGAAAAUUAAUUUUUUUUUUUUUUUUUUUAAAUUACAAAUUCCCCUAGCGUAGGUUUAGAGCGAAUUAGUCAGUUUCAUCCUAUCUUCCUUUAUCACUAUUUUUUAUUCAUCUCCGCACUUUUAUUCUAAAUAUAACUACUUGUUGUCAAAGCCUUCGUUUCGUAUUCCAAAAGGACGUUUUCUUGUUUAAGUUCUGUUCUUCACUUCACUGCAAGCAAAAUAGAGCCAACAGUAACUACUGAUUGAUCGUUUAGCGAAAGUACUCGGAACUGAGAAAGAAUCCUUUUGGAGAUUCAGACUCUCAAAGGAAACUGAGAAGAGAUGAAAAUUGACGAAUUCAUCUUCAUUUUAAAUGAAAUAUUGGAACAAGCACACUCCAGAAUCUUCAAUGGAUCUAUUGAAUUUACUUUGUAUUUUCUUAUUUAUUAUUAUUUUAAUUUCUUCGCUCACAUCUUGUAAUCACCCACGCUCUCAAUGUACGCAUAUUUUGUAUAAUUCAAUUGUAAUGCAAAUUUUUUAAAGACAUUUUAUUUUUUCACGCUCGUUAUAUGGUCACAUUGAACGUCUUUCAUGCCCUCGACACAUACCUCAGUUGUUAACGUUUGUACAAUGUUAACAUUUGAUGGGAUUUGUUCUCAUGUGUUAUUUGUGUGCCCGAAAUAUCUUUCACACCAUUGUAAGCCCCUUUCAUGUUGAAUAUUUGAGUCUGUUAAAAUUGUAAUAGUCUAGUGGAUCUCAAAUUGGUGGUCCACGGACCAACACCUCAGUUGCCUGUCCGCAAAGGUUUUUUUUUUAAGUAGAUCGAAAAAUACUAUUUGACAACUUGAGUGGAGUGAGACCAUGAUUAGGAAAAAAGGUCAUUAUUAGCUAAACAAUGCUAGACGUCAACAAGUCAACAGGAAUCAGGCAUAGUUUGAAAAGUCGUCUAGAUAUGUGCAAUGAAACCUUUCAUGGUGGCGAGGACCAGAAAUCCUAUUCUAAUAAUCAGGGUUAGUUAUCUACGCGUAACAUAUUCAAGCAUUUCAUCAGCCAGUGUGUUUGGGUUGUAGAGAAUUUGAGGAGCCCCGAAUAAACAGUGAAAGAUCAGUACAAUAAACAUUGAAAGAUCAAUACAAUUAACAGUGAAAGAUCAAUACAAUAAAUAUUGAAAGAUCAAUACAAUAAACAGUGAAAGAUCAAUACAAUAAACAGUGAAAGAUCAAUACAAUAAACAAUGAAAGAUCAAUACAAUAAACAGUGGAAGAUCCAUACAAUUAACAGUGAAAGAUCAAUACAAUGAACAUUGAAAGAUCAAUACAAUAAACAGUGAAAGAUCAAUACAAUACACAGUGAAAGAUCAAUACAAUUAACAAUGAAAGAUCAAUACAAUAAACAGUGAAAGAUCAAUACAAUAAACAGUGACAGAUCAAUACAAUAAGCCGCUGAUCGUAAACAAGAUUCCACCGAAUCAACAUUGACAGAUUUACACAAUCAACUGCUGUUACCGUAAAGGUAUUAUGUUCGUCCAACGGGUGUAGCUACUUUGAAGUAAUCUUACCUCUUAACUGCUGCCGUAGUUUUGUGUGAUAUCAUGGAGGGACUAUUCAGUGCAAUCACGAUUUUUAAAGUAGUGCGUUUUAAUGUUUAAAAUGUAUAUCGAUUACUUUUAAAAUUAGUAUUCUUCUUUAAGAUAUAAUGUUUGUUUCUAGUAAAUAUAUUACUCAAAGUAUUUUUAAUCUUGAAAUCCAAUUAUGCUUAUACAAUGUAAAAUAAAAAGGGUUUUCUCGGGUAAAUAAUUGAAACUAAAAUAUGGGCAUACAAAUCACAUACAUUGAAAAUAAAUGUAUUCUCAAACAACAAGUACUAAAAUUGUUAAACUAUCACCUGUCCAUUCUUCUUUAAAAAAUGUUGAUUCUGACCCUUAACUAUUUUCAAAAUGAGCGCUCCCUCCCAAAAUCGAAUGUCAGCUCCUGUGACGUAUAUUUUAUUGGAAAAAUAGCCCAUUGUCCCUGUUUCUUUAAGAUGACGUCAUUUCUGUGAUGGUUUAAAAAGUCAGCUUCCAUUGCUCUUUAGAUCAAGAGGAACUUCGCGGAGCAGUUCCUACGCUUCCGUCCGUGACGUCCUAGGCAGCCAAGACAACCUCGAAAUCACUGUAGAAAAACGCCUCACUGAAGGACGUACGUGGGGCGUCAUUUUAUUUUCCACAAAAUCUUUCCCCCUCCCCAUAAAGUCUUUUCUUUUUUGGUUAACCUCCCUUUUCCUUUCGGGGCAGACGGACCCAUUAUGUCAACAAUUGAUUCGUUCAUUUAAGGCUUUAACUCACUUUGGCCCAGCACUUGGUCAUCCAGUCCUAUUUCAUAUUUUCUGUCUGUGUGUGUGUGUUUCGUUAACCCAAACGUGUGCUUUUUUAAAAUUUGCAUAUUUUAAAAAAAGCUUUUUUAAUUUUAUUUGGACACUUUUUGUUUCUUGGGCUUGACUGUUGCAGACCUGUGCCUCAAUAAUAUAUAAGGAAAACAUUCAAAGCUCCCUUGCCUCAGCUGUCGUCCCAACAUUUUUCUGUUUCCUUAUUUUAAUUUGCUUAAGUUGGAUGCGUUUCCUUCUAAUUUUAUUUAUUUUUUUAUUUUUUAAAAUUUUAUUUUUUAAAAUUUUAUUUUUGUUAGUUUUUUUUUUUUCAAGUUUUGUCCCAUAAAUUUAUAUCCAAAAAUGUUAAUCAUUUUUUUUUUCAAUUAUUUUUUCAUUCGAUUUUCAAGAGUGUUGUCCCCUAAAUUUAUGAUCCAAAGUUUUCCAUAAGAUUAUCCACCGUUUUCGUUUGUUUGCUUGGUUUUUGCCGUUUAGUUUGCACUUUAACCUUUCACCCCUACAGGGUCGGUCUGAGACAAGUUGUGGAGCAAACACUAGGGGUCAGACAGAGCGGAAGCGCUCGCUUGGCGGACUUAAUUAACGUCUCGGAGGGACAGGCGUAUGAAUCAGGUGGUGCGUAUUUAGCCGAUAGCGCUACUGAUAAAAAAUAACCCCCAACUCAAGAACUUUUUUUAAAUUUUUUUUAUUGUGUUGGUCUUAUUCAAUGAAAUGAACGUGUAACCAAAUUAUCCAUCUAUACAUUUAACAAAAGGUGAAAUUUUCUUGCUUUAGUUGUUACAUUAAAACAAAAAUUAUCUAAACAUGAACUCAAUUCAAUAACCACACUCAGAAAAGUAUAAUAUUUUUAAUUUUAAAAAAAGUUCAUAUCUCCUUUUGCUCUUCGCCUCGAUUCUUCCAAUUCUAACUAACAUUAGUUAAACCAGAAUGACUUAACAUUAAUAUAUCAUAUAUCAAAAUACCGUAUAAUCUCCAAACCAUUGCUUGACUUGAAAUAAUAAUCAUCGAUGAUAUCGAUGCGAGGCUAAUGAUAACCGUAUUCUCUUUAUAAACGACUGUCAAAGCUAAUUGUAGAAGCUCGUCGUUAUUUUUAGAGUAGAGGGUCUUUUAAGGCCUAAAAAGCUAUCUUGUUAUAGGCCUACUUAUAAGUACGAUUCAAUAGAACAGCUGUCAAGUGCAUUCUUUAUUAAAGUACCAACAACAACAAAAAACAGCCAAAAAAAAAACUGCAUGAUAAAGACUAAUUUUCUCUCAAUAAAGUAAGUUUGAACAAAAAUAGUUGAUUCUAAAGAUGGCCUAGAUCUUCAGAUAAAAUAGAAUUGUUCCAACACCGUAAUCAUGUCAAGCUAAGUUAUAUUUUUUGGUAAUACUUUAUUUUUUUACGUAACUCAGUAGUUAGAAUGCAGGUCAGAAAAAUCAUUUCUUUGUUAUCUCCAUUUUUUACUGAUAUGCAUUAACAGCAUAUUUUGAACCGUAGACCUAUGGGCCACUAUGGGCUGGCUUAGAUGGCUAGUGGUUGGCCAAGAGAAAACAACACCUUUUAAUGUAUCUUAGAAAUUAGUGGCUAGAUUACAAAAAUAUAAUGGAAUUAUUUAUUUUUUAUUAUUAUUCUUUUUAAACGAACCAUUAUUUUCAUUGAAGACUGGGUUCAAAUUUAAACUGCCCACUUCAAAAGUAAAUCGUUAACUGCCCGCUUUCUGGUCACUCUGUGUGUUAUUAUCUCCCUGUGUUUCAUUGGUUGUGGCAGACUUUUACUUCACCCAUUCAUACUUCAUCUCUAGGUAUUCAGUAAACCAAUGCAAACUGUUGGUUUGUUGCCCUUUAUUUGUUUCACGUAUAUUAACAUUCUCCAUUUUCCAAUCUAUGUUCACCCUCCCAUGAUACCGGAUGUUUUACACUCUCUAGUUGAAUCUAAAAAUGUCAGAGUUCAAGGUUGGUUUUAUUUUUGCAUUUCAUGAUUUUUUUUUGUAAUAAUUGAAAUGUUAUCUUUUGACCAAAAUUAUUAUUAUUUUUUAUUGAGUGAGGUAUUGAGUAGAUGACUAAUUGAUUCUAUUAAUCUUGACUAGAGUUAGCCAUACAGGCUUAUAGUUUAAAUCUUCUUUAUUUCCUUUAUUUUUAAUGUAAAUAAUAGGCUGAUAAGAGGCAUUUUUUAAACAUAAAAUAAAGCUUCCAUAGAGCAUAGGAUUUCGAUCAAAGUAGCUACCUUUUUAUUUUACUUUGAGUGUAAUCGUGCAUCAUUAACUGAACCAUUUAAUUUCUGAAAUAACUGCUUACAUAAUUUUUUUGCUCCGUACUUGAUUCGUAGUUGAAAAUAAUCCAUCUUUUCGAUAUCAUUUGCCAAACAGAAAGUAGUUUUCGCUCAGAGGAAGGUAAAAAAAAACAGUAGCGUUGUCUGAUUGAGACAACUGGCUUUAUUUGUAUCAUAUCUCAAUAAACAGUCAAUUAUAAGUAGUAGAUAUACUGUAAAAUUACAGAGACACCUAGAUAAAAAAUAUAAACAUACCUGAUCAAAGGGUGAAAGAUACUUGGGGAUGCUUUCAUUUUGACUGAGACAUCUAUAACAUUAUUUACUGUCUAUCAUGAUCAAAAUGGCUUACCACUCUAGGUAGAAGUCACAUUUUGCAUACUGCUUGCUUUCAAAUAAAUCUGACUGAAUUUCCUAUCGAAAUGCUCAAUCCUAGACCCAAUCCUAGACACAAUAUAAGACACAAUCUUGGACAGUCACAGCAUCAAACUAAUAUUACUACAAAGUAAAUGAUUAAACAUUAUUUUGCUUUUAUUGUCUAAAAUAACUAACAACAAUAACUAACUACAUUUUUAAUAGUAAAAAGAAUCCUAUAUUAUUAAUGGCAGUGAGUAAAACCUUUGAGAACAUUUUGAAAAUGACAAUAAUAAAUAACAAGGGCUAAACAAAGAUUUGCCAAAAACAUGUUUUUCCUCACAAACAUUGAAAGAAAAAAACUAUUGACAAAUUAUAGCAUAUUCGUACUAAAAGAAAAUCUUUCUCCAAUUAUAUUUCAAACAUCAAAGACUUUGAUCGCACUGUGACUGUAAAACUAUUGCACUGAAGGGCUCAUCAAACAAUGCAAUACCUGCAGAUGGCUGCCAUCAGCAUCUACGUAAAGAUCCUAGAGCAGAUUUUAAAAAGCCAUAUAUAUUCCUAUUUAUAGAGAAGGAUCGUCCGUUGUGUAACCAUAACAUUAAUUGGGGGAACGUUUUCUACCGGGUCAUUUUUCACAGCAGUUGUUUUUAUGUGUGGGAAUCCUUUUAACGGAGUCUUUUAACUGAAUCUUUUCAUUGAGUCUUUUACAAGUAGAAGAAGUUUUAUCAUGUUUAAAUAAUCAUCUGUAAACAUGUAGUUGCGUAGAUGAUUGGGUAUCAACAGAUACAAUGAUGAGAUACAGUAAUGAGAUACAAUUUUGAGAUACAAUUAUGAGAUACAAUCAUGAGAUACAAUCAUAAAAUACAAUCAUGAGAUAGAAUCAUAAGAUACUAUCAUGAGACGCAAUCAUGAGAUACAAUCAGGAGAUACAAUCAUGAGAUACAAUCAUAAGAUACAAUCAUGAAAUUCAAUAAAUAGAUACAAUCAUGAGAUACAAUCGUGAGAUACAAUCAUGAGAUAAAAUAAGGAUCUACAAUUAUGAGAUAUAAUAAUGAGAUACAAUUAUGAAAUAAAAUAAUGAGAUAUAAUAAUGAGAUAAAUUGUAGCGUUGUUUUUUUCUUGUUACAAUUUCUAUUGUCAACUCAUCGCUAUAUGAUGUGUGUCAGUUGUUAACAAAAUCACGUGUCGUAAAAACUGCUGGUCCAUACUCAUACUGCUUUAAUAAACCGAAAUGUUUUUCUCCCUCUUUGACAUUCAAAUGCUAUACAACGCCAUGUUCUUUGCUAACACUAUAUUGGGUUACCUUUGCUAGACUUCAUAUUAUAGAAAUGAAUGCUUUGCUUAAAUAGGGUUAGCAGAACUUGCAGCAGAACUUCACAAUACUCUUGUCCAUCACCUCGAAAGCGUUUCUUAAAUUAAUGUCUUGGAGUUCUCCGCUCUUUGUUUACAUGUAUUUUAUUGACCUUCACCUCUGUACCUCUAUUCACGCUUUGGUUUCAACUUAUUGGUGUUAUUAUUCUUAUAAUAAUCAUUGUUAACUUUGCCGUUACAAUGUAUCAAAUUGACAUGUUUUUGUUUUUUUUUACCUACCCCAUAAAAACUGCACUACGGUGUUUUUUCCCCAUUGUGGUUGUGAUUAAUGUGAAAUUUUCCUUUUAAUUUUUUGAAAAACCAGUGUGAAGGUUUUAUUACUUUAUGUAGAAGCUUUCAUUCCAUAAUGGUUUUCAUAAAUAAUUUAUGUUUCAUUUUUAGUCCGUUUUUUUUUAAAUUUUUGUUAUACACAUGGGUAAUUUGAUAUGAUGUCUGUGAGGUCCCUUUAAAACAGUGUCACUUUUAAAAAGAAAAGGAAAAAACCUCUCAUUAUAUGGUGCCAAAGAUAACAGCUCCCUAGUGUGCCAUACUGCUUGUUGGUGGCAUAAGAAAACCUCUCAUUAUAUGGUGCCAAAGAUAUACUAGAUGGAAUGUUUGAACAGCUCCCUAGUGUGCCAUACUGCUUGUUGGUGGCAUAAGAAAAGACCCUCAUCAUUUUUAGUUGUAUCUAUUGUUUUAUUUCAUGAUUUGACUUUGUCACCCGAGGAUCAGGCUUAUUGAUUCUUAUUCUGUUUUCUUGUUGUGUGUUAAUGGAGUUGUCAGAAAUAGGGUUGAAUAUACAGCUACUUUAGAUUAUAUGCCCUUGAUUGUGUCGGUCAUUAGAUCUAUUUGAACACUGCCAAAAAUCACGAGCUACUUCCCCCGUGCGUGACGCUACUUGUCAGGUUUGACCUGGAAAACUGAUAUUCAGUUCCAGAUUUAAGGAUAGGCAACUGCUUAAAUUUUGAAAUUAUAAAGGACCUCACAUUCUAUAAGGCCUAGCAUCCUAUAUAUGUGGCCUGGCAUCCUAUAUAUAAGGCCUGACAUUCUAUUAGGCAUGACAUUCUAUAUAGAAUGACAUAAUAUUAUAAUUAACUAAUAAUGAUAACAUAUUCAUAAAUAGGUAUAUUUGAUGAGGGGUGAACCAAUCUCUCGAGUGUAGCAGUGCUAUUUUUGUGUUAGUUCGUCCUAUGUAAAAAAAACCCUCGCUUGGACGGUUUACCGUGUCAUCAAAUUUCAACUGUUUCUAUAAUUAUAAUGUAGCUAUGCGAUUCUUGGGAUUAUUUCUGAAAUAAAGCCGAUAAAUGUGAUAAUUCAUUUUUGUUAAUGAUAUGUAUUAUCGUUUUGUAAGAAUGACCUAACUGAUUUGACAUGCUCAUACAAUAGAUAAAGUAUGCUCCUAGCCUUCCCCUUUACUGUUAACAUGGCCCUUGACCUCUUGCUGAAGCUAUUGAUUAUUGGCCAUUUUUGUUGUCAAUGUGCUGCUCAGCUGUUACAGCAAGGUAACGGGCAAACCUUGGAAAAAAAAAAAAAGAAAGAAAUAUGUUAUGCUACAUAAAUGUAUUGGUAGUAUUUGUUUCGUAACUAUUACUAUUUCAUUUUGUGAAGGAAUAAUUGGAGACAUUUAUUUGAACAUGUACACGUCAUCUUAAACACCGGCACCUUAACAAACAAACAAAAAAAAGCAGGUAAAACCGUUUUCCAAUAAUUUACGGAAGAUGAUGUUUAGAAACUUUGAAACUGUAUCAUGGAAUCGAUUCUUCACUUUUUUAAUAUAUAUUUUUUUUUGUAUACACAAUUUUACCUUGGGUGCACUAGAGGUGGAACUUGAGAUAUUUAUAUAACUUAAAUUAAGUCUAUUCCCUUUCUUGUUAAGAUAAAACUUUCAAUUAUCGCACCUUCCAGUUUUAGACACUCACAUGUAGUAGGAAGAUAUUACGUUUAAAUCAGCGGUUCUAAACCAGUUAUUCAUAGAUCCCAAAUGCUUAUGUGAAGCUUACACAAGAGGCUGCUUUAAGCUUCUAUCUGAACUACGUCAAUGUCGAAUGACUAAUUGUAGAAGGGUCACUAGACGCUUCACGGUGAAAACUUGGGGGUACACUAAUUUCAAAGGGCUGAGAAUCGCUGAUUUAGAUUAUUUACUUUAUUAACUCUCUAUAGCUCACUUUGAUGACAUCACUGUGGCUUGUUUUUGCAUUUCCAUGCUAUAAGAUCAUAACAAUUGUGUACUAUGAAACAACGCAUUUCAUCUGAGGACGGUUUUUGCUGAGACAUCCAUCAAAUCAUAAUAUGUUGACUAUUGUUCAUUCAUUAGGAGAUAGUGCGUGGGGGGCCAUGGCCUUUUGCCUGACACAAAUCGAGUCCAAUGAUUGGACAGGAAAUGUACCGCAGAUUAGGUUCAAAUGCGGGGAGAGCAUUGCCAAUAUAUGUAGCAUGGGGGAAAAGUGUCCUAAAUCGGCAAUUAGCGAUGGCCUCUUAGCCUUCAAUUCCUUGUUUCAUUUCUUGAAUUUUUUUCCUUCUAUAAUACUGUCCCAAUUUUGAUAACAUUAAAUUAUGUCAAUGUAUAACUCUAUCGUAGUCCCUUAACAAUGUCUAGUAUUUGCUAUCCUCUCACUGAAUCAUACCUGUUGCAUUAUGGGUAGUUUUUCAUGAACAGUGCUGCGCCUGACAUCUUUGAGUGUCAUUUUGACUAGCAGUUUCUAGCAGUUUCAAAGAUGGGUUUGUUUUGUUGCUAUUUCAAAGAGUAUUAUGACUCAAAAAAGACCCACACAGUAUUAAAAGGUCUAUUCAAUAGAAUAAAAUAAUGAAUUAUUCUAUUUUUAACUCAUUGUUAGAACUAUAAAAAGUUUUUGAAUGUUUAAAAGAAGUGAUUUCUUUCACGGAAUUGGAUUUAUGAAAGAUUUUGCCUGAAAUAACAGAGCUAAAAAUAGAACCGGAAUCAGCUCUGGUUUAUUUAAGAGCACAUAAGGGUGGUCAGGUGCAGUACUUGUGUAGACACUGACCCGCCCAAAAUAGCCCAUGACAUUUCAUUGAACGUCCGUACAUUUCAAUGUUUGACGCCGCCUGCUUUCAGUCCGCAACAGUGUCACCGUAUGCAACACCAUUAAAGUCUUUCUGUUGAAACAACCCGAGUUGUGUGUCAUGUUGCUUGGUUGGGAAACAAAGAGAUUCAGUUAUAUCUGGGGAAAGUUUCUGGUGUGACAUUGUGAAGUUCGUUCCAGUGUGUCAGUAUAAAUGUCAAGUUGAGAGCGGGUCUAGAGUCUACAUGCUAUGCGCACAUAGGCGUGUCUAGAGUCUACAGGCCAUCUGCACAUAGGCGGGUCUAGAGGCUGUACACACAUAGGCGGGUCUAGAGGUUGUACACACAUAGGCGGGUCUAGAGGCUGUGUGCACAUAGGCGGGUCUACAGACUGUGUGCACAUAGGCGGGUCUAUAUGCUGUACACACAGGCGGGUCUAGAGGCUGUGUGCACAUAGGCGAAACUUUUUAAUUAAAGUUUUCUUAAAGUUAAAGACAUGAAUUCAAUAGAACGUGUCCAUGCUCAGUACUCAGUCUGUAUGUCAUCUGGAUAGAUGAAAAUAGUGCACACAACUUGAUAGAUGAAAAGUAGCAGAGACAAGUGAUGUUAUAUGAAAAGUAGCAGAGACAAGUGGAUAUUAUAUGAAAAGUAGAAGAAACAAGUGGAUGUAUAUGAAAAGUAGCAGAGACAAGUGGAUGUUAUAUGAAAAGUAGCAGAGAGAAGUGGAUGGUAUAUGAAAAGUAGCAGAGAGAAGUGGAUGGUAUAUGAAAAGUAGCAGAGACAAGUGGAUUCCUUAAGAAAAUAGCACAGACAACCGAAUUAAAGAAGAAAAUAGCAGACUCCUGAAUUAUGUCAGAAAACACAUAUAACAGGAUAUUCAAUGAGAUCAGAAUCGACCACAGACUAUGAAAAUAGAACACAACUAUAAAAGAAAACGUGUAGAAGACCUAAAGACAUUACCAAUCCUAAUGAAGACUCUCUAAAUGAGACACGAGAGGCUCUCUGCAGGACCACUACGGUAUUUGAACCAUGGCUUUACACUCAAUGUUCACGCAUGUUACACAUAGUGAUGGAUUGAAUGCAUCACGCCUACUUCCUCUUAUUGAUAUUUUGCUAUUUCCGCCCAGCCAAUGGCGUGUAAUUUCAAUUGUAUUCUCACAGUCCAGCAUGGAUGUUAUGUUUUUUGUUUUUUUUUCAAUGUCAAUUUUUAACUUUAAUUUUGUUUAAUCCCCCCCUCCGCCCCGCCCCACCCCCGCCCCAUACAUUAUUUAAUUUAUUUCGCUUUCUCUAAAACAGCUGUCAGCUUUACAUUAUGUUCAGAUGUGAACUUUUUAAUGUUUCUUUGUUAUAGCUAUCAGCGACGUCACUUCCUACUUUUUACGAAAUCAUGACGUCAUGACUCUAUUUUUUUUAAAUCUGCUAUGGAUGACACCGAAAUCCGAAUAAAUCACCACUAUUAUAUCACAUUUUGUCCUUCUAUAUAUUGACCACAUAACUUGACAGUAAUUUAUGCUAAUUUGGAGAGAUGUUCUUUUACGGAUUUGUUGUCUAUGUUGCAGUCUACUACUACUAGCAUUCAUUCAAACAAGUGUAAACAAACAACAACCAACAAAAAUAAAUUAUAGUUUCUUUUUUAAACUUGGGUUACUAAAUGCAAAAAAUAAAAUAGAGCUUCUUUUGCUUUUUAAUGAGUAGGCCUAGUAUGACUAACAUUACCGCCCUUUAAAACAUAUUAACCAACGCUUUGUAAUGGAUUGCUUUCCUUAACUAAUGUUGUGGCAUGUCAUUGCUCUCCCAUGUUAACCCAUAAACAAGGUCUUGCAUUUAUCCUUGUUUUUCAAAUACGUUAAUUAAAAGACGUGUCUUUUUAAAUGUUAGUUUAUGUCAUUUAUACAAUUACUUUUUACUCUCUAUACUGGUGUCCCUUAUGUUUAGUUAUAAAAUUCAGUAAAAAUUUACUUUCAUAAAAAUAUUAAUUUCCUCCUAUCAUUUAAAUUGUUUUCUUUAAAUGCGUCUCAUUCUUUAUCUGCUCCUUAUCACAAAUGUCAAUUUUGUCAGAUAUUAAAUUGUAUUAAAUUUACUAGGCCCUAAGGGUUGUUUAAAUAAAAUGGUGUUCAAUUAACAAUGAAAGAAAAGAUCAAGGGGCACAAUCAUGCAUGUCUGUUCAUAGUGGGUAAAAACAUUUCAUGAGGUCUCUCAAAAUGGCGCAUUUACAUCAGUAAUUUUAUUUGAUCCCUUUCAUCUUUAUACUCUCACAUUUUUAUGUAUAGUAUUAGAAAGCUUUACUUGUAUUUAUUUGAUCUAAUUGUCCAUAGCAUGACCAGUCAAUACUUUUUACAAAAUAAAUAUUAUAAUAUCGGUACGUAAAAUCAAUGUUUUUAUCAAUAACUGUUUAUAGUUAUUGUGUUUAUACUUUGUCAGCUCAUUACUAUCAUCUCAGUAGUUUUUAUAUGUAACUUUUUAGGACAAUAUAAGAUUUAUGAAACCUUAUAUUAAAGGCCCAAUACUAAAUGCACUAUUUUAAUCUAAAUGUAAAAAAAAAAAAUUUAAGUUAUGACAUGUAACAAUUUUUAAAUAUUAUUUUUUUAAAUUUCUGUAUUAAGUUAUUAAGUAAAAAAAAAAUAACUUUUCAAAUAUGCUCAUGUCAUGUUAAUUAUAUAUUUUUAUAUUUUACAAUCAUAAAAGUUAAAUAUAAUUUCUAAUACUAACUACUGUCAAAUGUUAUUAUGAAAGUGGUUUCCAAGCACAGAGUCAGCACAUGCAAUGAUCAUGAAAUAUAGUGUUAUCUUUCCCCUUGCAUUGUCCACAGCUGACUCCCAGCUGUCCAUGAAGAUGAUGAGGGGUGAGGUCUCUGCUAAGACCACCUACCAGAGGACAGCCAAUGGGCCUGUCAGCAUCGCGGAGGCUAACCCAGAGGGCAAAUUUAUCUUGCUGGAAAACAACCCAUCUGGAGGAGUCAGAAAGGUAAACGUGUGUGCAGAGGUGUAUAAAUACUGCACAACUGGGAAUAGAACUGUACAAAUGCUGCACAACUGGGAAUAGAACUAUACAAAUACUGCACAACUGGGAAUAGAACUUUACAAAUACUGCACAACUGGGAAUAGAACUGUACAAAUACUGCACAACUGGGAAUAGAACUUUACAAAUACUGCACAACUGUGCUCUGAUUUGUACACUGCUCUCUAACAGUGAAAUCUGCAUGUUGUAAAUGCGCUGUAACAAAAUGGCAAUCAGAGCUUUAACCAUUUGCAUAGAUAGUGUGUAUAGUAUAAUGCUAUAUUUGUUUGACUACUAAAUUUAUACAUUUUACAUAUAAUGUGUAUAAAUUUUAAAGCUACACAUUUUUUCAAUAGACUUAAAACAAGUUCCUAAUCCCAUAUUCAGACCUGUUUACUCUUACGAUUUUGGCGUACAAUGUACGAUUUUAAGGUGUAUAGAUUGUAUAUAUAGCAUGGGUUUUUUUUACUAUGAAUAUAACGUAUUAAAUGACAUUGUAAUGAUAUUGUACGAUUUUAAGAGUUUGAGGGUAAACAGGUCUGCAUAUUCCUCUGUUUAUUAAAAAAAACUGGCCUACUAAUAGUAACUACUAAUGAUGGCAAGGUUUAGGACACUGGCCAUAGUUUGAAGAGCCUUGAUCUAAGUCUAGUCUGGGAUUGAAUUAUUCAUUUUGUGUUAAAAAUAAGUUUUUGUAUAGUUAAGGUACACUAAUUAAGAAUAAUUAUUUUGUUUAUGUGAUUUCCAGGAGAUGAACUUGGACGGCUGGAAGAUCCGCCGUAUUGUUGACAAGAAUCUGAGCAGACCGUAUGAAUACACAUUCAGGAACUUUGUCCUGAAACCAGCCAAGAGCGUCAAGGUAAGAUAGAGUAACAACGCUAAUGACGAUAAGAUCAACAGAUAAGACCUUUAAUAUAAAAUACCUGGAAAUAAAGCAGACCCCUUAAACUGAAGCAAAAGUGGUGCUAUUUGCAGGGAUCUUGCUAUUUCAAGGUUCACCAUUUCCAGGUUUAACUGUACCGAUACCAAAGUAGGAACCUUGGCAUACUUUAUUUUUGAUAAAGUCUACUUUUCAAAUAGUUGAUGAAACGUUUCUGUAGCUUCAUCAGUUCAAAAAGCUUUUUAACCCUAUUUUCUAGCUUCAAUAUAAAGAUAGAGCGGGUAUUGGAAGAUUUCAAAUAUUAAGUUAUGUGCAAACGAGAGCUGUUAUCUUAAUAUCUGCUUGUUCAAGACGUCUAAAUUUGUAUGGGGGUAGAUGCAAAAACAAAUUUUUAAAAAACUCUUCUGUGGUACUUGUGGAGAAUGUGGACAAAAUAAGUUCUCAAAGGUUAUACUAGUACCAGAUAACUCCCGCAUUUAAUCUACACCACAGACUUAAUCCCCCUGAGAUGUUUUGUUACCAAAUGGCAACUGAUUUUUUACACUUAGAUUUUAAGACUUAAGUUUUAACACUUAGAUUCUUUUUGUUAAAAUGUUUUAACACUUAUUUAUGUUAAAAUCAUGAAGUAUAUUUUUUAACGUUUCUGAAAUUUGUUAAUAGAUAAUAUGACUUUACACAUUUUUCUGCCAGAUUUUUGCCAGAUCACUGGCCUCUCAGGCUGGACCCAAUGACCUUGUCUUCCGUGAUGCUGACACAUGGGGUGCUGGUGCCGAGGUUGUGACAUCUCUCAUCAAUGAGAAAGGGGAGGUAAGGCUUAUAAAUUUACCAGACACAUUAGGCUUUUGUAUGUUAUGUAUACGAUAAUAUACAAAAGCUAUAUACAUAAAUACAUAUACAUAAAUUGUACAGAAAUUGAUCAUCAUGAUAUAGGCCUAUUUACCUUAGCCAUAAAUAAUCAUUAUUAAAGUAUAUUUUUAUUUAAAGUUUUUUUUAGAAAUCAAUGCAAAUAUGAAGUAUUUGAUACUUUUUUUUUCCCACAGUUAUUCAACUGUGAAGUUUUAAAAUAUAUCAAAAGCAAUGAUAAAAAAAUUAGUCAAAAAUUAUGUUCAAAUCCUUGCCACUACAGUGCAAUAAAUGUAUCCUCCUUAAGAUUGCAGCAGAGUUUUAUGAUGGAACUAAUUACCAUGAUAACUGUUUGCUUCUUUUACCCUCCAGGAAAAAGCCAGCCACAUCCAGAAGACCAACUACACCCAGUAGACCUAGGAAUUGCUAAGACUAAAUGUCAUCUUCACUCAAUCAGUUAGCUCCUCCUUGUGUUUAUAUAUAAAUAUAUAUUAUUAAUUGCAGCUUUUUAUCUCACAUUCCAUUGUUGGCUAUCCAAGAUCAUGUCACUUCCUGUCAUCCUCCCAUGAUCUUGACUUUUUAACAGAAAAUUCUUUAAAUGUUUAUCUUUUUUAAGACAGUUUUAAAAUAAUAAGCAAAUAGAAUUUGGUCUUAAAAAUGUAAUUUAUUUAGUGCUUCUUGAACUUUGUUCAAAAGUUUGUUCUCAAAUAUCCAAUUUGAGAAACAAUGAUUUAAUAAGUUCAAAAUUAUGGCAGUUAGUUUAGCUUCCAUGACACAAUGUCCAUCACAAAAUGUUAACAGAAAUCACAUUUUUAACAAAGUCAACAAUGACUUUUUUAUCUGUUGUAAGCCAUCUUCACUAUUUUGCCAGUAGUUAGUGCAUUCCCCCCACCCCCCUUUUGGCAUAUGUAAUCAUUCUAAUAGUCAUUAGCUGUGAAAGGUGUACUUUUUAUUUGUUUAUUUGGUCUAUUUAUAACCAUGUCCUAGCAACGAUGUAUUUCCAAUCAAGUCUCUUCAAUUAAUGCUUAUCUAAGAUAAUGCUUAUCUAAGACAUGUAUGAAAGGAUAAUAUGUAUUUUUAUGUUAUUUUUUAGGCUAGAGUCUGAUAACUGAAUGGUCAUUAAAACAUGUGGACAAAUGCAACUUUAGCAUUAAUUUACUUGUUGAGUUAAUCAUACACUUCAUAUGUGUAUAGCCUUAAUUUGUGAUCAUAGAUAAUACAUGGCCGUUGUAAUAUGUGGAAAGACUUAAUAGAUAAGUGUUAAACCAUUCCAAGAUAAAGGGACCGUGAUUUUCAAAGUUGACAACAUUAUAUAAUAUAUAGUUUCAUACAAUUUUUUUUUUUUUUUUAAAUCACUAAAAAAAUUUAAAGAAUUUGAAAAGAAAAAUAAAGAAAUAUUUUUUUAAAAUAAGUUUUGAAUACAAAUAAAAUUUAAUUUUUUUCCCUUACAUUUAAUUAUAUAAAGGGACCGUGAUUUUCAAAGUUGACAACAUUAUAUAAUAUAUAGUUUCAUACAAUUUUUUUUUUUUUUUUAAAUCACUAACAAAAUUUAAAGAAUUUGAAAAGAAAAAUUAAGAAAUAUUUUUUUAAAAUAAGUGUUGAAUACAAAUAGAAUUUAAUUUCUUUCCCUUCCAUUUAAUUAGGCUGAAAAUCUAUGUUUAAUUAUUGAAAGGUCAGGUGUAACAUUUAAGAAAUGAGUGGAUUCUUCAGCUUUUAUUUUGUUGGCUUAAUUUGGUGAUCUUUGCAUAUUAAUUCCUGCCUGCACAAUACAAAGCUUUAUUAAAAAACAAAAUCAUAACUUUUUAAAAUUAAAAAUUUUUUUUUGUGUGUUAAUAAUCAAGGCUUAUUAUUGUACAUUUUUCCCACUUCUCACGGUUCGGAUUUCGUUUCUUUUCACAUUGUACUUUUCGAAUAUUUCGGAAAAGAAAACUAGCUAUUCUUGGAAAAAUAAAGUGUUUGAACCAAGUUGCUGAUAAGAGUGUGUUAUUGUACUAUCACUAUUUUGGUGUUUUUAAAUUUUUUAACUUUAUACAGGUUUUAAAAUAACAACUUUUUUGUAUUACUUUUUUAAGCUAUCACUACCGUCAAUAAAUAUGUUGUUUUUUCAAUUUGGAAUUAAAAGCAUGAGUUUCUUAAUCUAACAACAGUGAAAACCUCUUCAUACCAAUGAAUAGUGACCUUAAGUACCUAUGAAUCUAUUUGCAUUUUAUUAAUAAAUUAUUUCAUCCUUUCUAUAAGUCAAAACCACCAGUUCAAUAACCUCUAAACCAAAAGGCGCUCAUUGGAAAGAGCUUAUCAAGUGUGUCCAAACUUUUUUCUGUAACAGAAAUGUAAGUCCAUGAACCAUGAAAGUCUCUGCACUACUUAGACAUCUGCUUUAUCUCAUAUAUAAAGUUUUUAUAUAUAUAUAUAUACAACCUUCUAUUUUGUUAACUGCUUUGUUUCAUAGAAAAUGAUCAUAACAAGCAAUGUAGUUCAAUCAGAUUUUUCAGCACUGAAAUACAAUUUCCCAGCCAGGAUGUUGUUGUUUUUUUUCAAACAAAAAAAUUUUUUAAGGAGUUGAAAAUACAUUUGAUUUGUUAAAUAUUAAAUGAGUAUUUUGGUUGUUUUUUAAAACAUUUUUAAAACCACACUGGUCUGUGUCUAACUGUAAUGAUGAUAAAAACAUGAACAGUAUAUAAUAGUAAUUGAUGUAAAGCCCAAACAUUUACUAGGAGCAAAAGACUAGUAUUGAUGAUGUGGCCAUGUGACAUUAUUUUUAUUUUGAAUUUUUAUGUUACAAAUUUUGUAUGUUUACUUUGAUGACUAACAGGAAAAGUAAGCAGACAACAAAAAGCAUGUGAGUGUUAGGAAUGUUCAAUUCUAUAGAGCUUAAUUAAUUGGUUACGUUGAAUGGUGGAGAAAUGGAAACACAUUAUUUUCUUUUAAACUUAGUGGCUGGUACAUUGACUUAUUAAACUUAUUAUAUUUUUUUGCUUUGACUUGGCUGUGAGCUAUCAAAUUAGAUGAACUGAAGCCUGGUGCUAAUGUUAGUACAAGAUCAAUGAUUUCUCUUACUUCAUUCGUGUAUCAAAUUUUAUAAUAAAUAAAUGAGAUUAUUGAAACUUUCAU